UCCAGCAUUCAGAAGGCAUUCAGCACGCUCCAGUUGUGCAUCUGAAUCCUCCUCUACUCCGAUCUUGCCCGGCACCUCGAAUUCUUCACUCACCAUGAAUACCAAGUAUGCCAUCGCAGCCACCUUCGCAGUGCUGCUUGCCACUGCGGGUCUGGCAUACGGCGCAACCCAGUACCAGUCCAAGUGCAUCAACGACUCAGACUUCGACAUUGACGUUCAGAUUGUUGUGAUUGCCGGACUAACGGUCGAUGGGUUGAUUCACAUCGUCAAGCACACCGUCCAGACCAUCGUGUACACCCUCGCAGGGCUGGUAGCUGGUCUGCUCGGCCUUACCUGGAAGGUCAAGUGCAUUGUCGAUGGAGUUCUCCACAGCGUCGACGUCGUUGUGCCCCUGGGUGCUGAAGUGAGAGUCUACGCACCCGUUGUCGGCAAACUCUGCUUGGCUGUGAACGGAGUCAUCAAGGUCUACUUCUUCUAGACGCAGAAGUCCACAGCAACAACUGCGCGUGUUCCUGGUAUGUGAUCAUUUGGCGUCAGUUGAAUCCAUCAAAGACCUGUCCUUCCAAUACUUGUUAGCUGUCAACGUUUUGCUUCAUACUUUGGCGACCAGUUGAUAAGGGCAAGUGGUGAUCGUCCCGGUCUCGGAUUCUCGUCCACAAAUUGCUUCUCGAGGACCGUAGUUUAUCAGCCAGGAAGAUCGAUGAAGCCAAGAGGCGAAUACAUAGUCUCCAAGUUGCAGAAACAUAGUCGUGACACUGAAUGAGGACAAACUGGUGACCGUGUGCACCAUUGUGGAACUGAAAGAUUGCUGUCAAUAGUUCUGAAUAGUUCAGCUCUGUAAAUGUUUAUAUUCAAUAAAA